GAGAGAGAGAGCAUGAGAUAGCAAGAGGCUUACUUGAUUAUAUACAUUCUUGAAAGAGAGUGUGUAUAAAACAAAAAAGGAAAUCAAGAAGAGGGACUCAAUAUAUACAUAUAUAGUAAUUAUAGAGAUGGCUAUCAGCCAGUCAACCUGGGGUUUCGUGUUCGGUGUUCUAGGUAACAUCAUCUCCUUCAUGGUCGGCCUUGCUCCCCUGCCAACAUUUUAUCAAAUAUACAAGAAGAAAACUGCAGAAGGGUUUCAGUCAAUUCCCUACGUGAUUGCACUGUUCAGUGCCAUGCUCUGGAUAUAUUAUGCAAUCCUUAAAGGAGAUGCAAUCCUCCUAAUCACCAUCAACACAUUCUGCAUUGUUAUUGAGACUUGCUACAUUGUUGCAUACCUUGUCUAUGCACCCAAGAAAGAUAAGAUCCUGACAGUGAAGCUUCUGCUUCUGUUCAAUGUUUUCGGCUUUGGGGUUAUCUGUUUCUCAACUCUCUUCCUAGCAGAAGGUGACAAUCGUCUAAGGGUACUCGGAUACAUCUGCAUGGCGUUUGCUCUCAGCGUGUUUGCUGCACCUCUUUGCAUUUUGAGAAAAGUUAUAAAAACGAAGAGUGUGGAGUUCAUGCCAUUUCCCUUGUCAUGCUGCCUGACCUUCGGUGCAGUCAUGUGGUUCUUCUAUGGUCUUCUUAUGAAAGACCUGAACAUUGCCAUACCAAAUGUUCUUGGAUUCAUCUUUGGGAUCCUUCAAAUGCUGCUUUACUUGAUCUACAAAAACGCCAAGAAAGUAUUGGAAGAGCCAAAGCUUCAUGAGUUAUCAGAACACAUAGUUGAUGUAGUGAAGCUAAGCACGAUGGUGUGUUCAGAGCUGACGACGGUGGUGCCGCAGUUGAAUGAUAUGAUUGUAAACGAAGUGGUAAUUCAUCAUCGUGAAGAUAAUCAAAACGUGAAGGAAGGUGGCGCCAUGCUUGAUGGAAAAGUGAAACAAGACAAAGAUGGUGGUGGUGCCACUUGUCAAGUUUAACUGAUCAGCUGGUGAUCAUAUAUAUAUAUAUAUAUAUAUGAUGAGAGCUGAGGACGUACGGUAUGCAUGUGAUUAUUAUUUUUUUAUAUCAAGGAUUACAAAAAUUAAAAUUUAUAUAUAUGUGUAGUUAAAGGGGUUUGAUUUAAUUGUGUUUAAGUCCUUAUUGGGUAAUCAAGUUGGUGCGUGUAGGCAAUGUGAUGUGCGAUGUGUUAUGUGGCUACCUUCCUUAACGUACGUGCUUGUGAAGGUGACGACAUAACUCUCUCAUCUUAUAAUAUCAUUCAUGUAAGUCCUCAAAUAUACAAUGUGAGGCUCUCUCUCUCUCUCUCUCUCUGUCAAACGCUUCAAAUCUAAUGAAUAUUUUAUUAUGUUGUUACGUUUAAAUAUGUA